AUGGCGGUGGUGGAGACCCCCCGGCCUCUGCUCGCCGCUCCCCGCUGCGAAGAUGAUAUUUUAGAUGAGGCAACAAGGAAGGACCUUUUCACCGACACUUUCUGUAAGGUUUGUGAGGCAGUGCUGCAGUUUGAAUCUCAAAGGACAUCACACUAUCAGGGCAAAAAGCAUGCUCAGAAAGUUCAUCAUUACAUCCAAACGCACGGUGAGAAAAAUGAGAAGCAGGAGCAUGACAAAAGGAAGAAGAUGGAUUGUAUCAGUUUCCAGAUGGAUGGGAGUGGAGUACCAGACAAAAACAAAUACUGCCAUCUCUGCAACAUGAUUUUUAGUUCCCCACUUAGUGCUUCAUCUCACUACUUGGGAAAGAUCCACGCUAAAAAGUUGAAGCAGUUACAAGGAAGCCAAGCCCACACUCCAGCAGGGAGCGUGCAGCCUGUUGCUGCUUUACAGAAGCCAUUGGCCGAGAAGCCCUUGCUGCCUUCAAAACCUGAAGAGUCUUCAUCUUCCUCCAGCACAAGAUUGAAGUUAAAUGAUCCAGACAAGUACUGCAGGCUCUGCUGUGCUUCCUUCAAUACUCCACUUGUGGCCCAGGAGCAUUAUGCUGGUAAGAAACACAGAAGAAAUGAAGUACGGAAAAAGAUACUGAAGGACCUAGGAGACAAAAUUGUCCCGGUGGAAUCUGGCACACCUGGUUCCUUCUUUUCAACAGUUGGGGUUGGUUAUUACGUGUGCACGAUGUGUGACCUUACACUUACAUCUAUAGAAACAUACCAGUCCCACCUGCAAGGAAAUAAGCACCGGAUCAAAGAAACAAAGCUUGUCAAUCUCAUGAAGAAUUCAAAGAAAACAUCUGACUCCUUUCAAGAUGAAUUCAUGGAUUGCGUUCAAGUUCAGCAAGCUGGAGGUCCAGAGCCAAGAAGGUAUUUAGGAGAAGCAGAAGAGGAAGAGUUUCAAGAUAAAACCAUUGAAGGAGAAAGUGACCAUGGUGAGGUUAUAUCUUCAAAGCUUAACUGUGAACAAGGGCAGCAUUCUAGCCUUUUCUCAGAAACCCAGUCACCUGCAAAUGCUGGAGAAAAUAAAUCACCAAGCUGGCCAUCAGCUUUUGAGCAUGGACUAGAAAAGCCACCUAAUUGUCACUAUAACAAGGGAUACUGUAAAGAAGAGCAAGCAUCUGAGGUGGCCUCUGUUGGAGAUAAGAGCUUCAGCCUGUUGGUUGCAGAAUCUAAAGACUGCUACAAACCUGUGCUUGCUGAGUCUUCUGCCAGCUCCUAUGGAGAAGAACAAAAAUUUCAGAUAAAACAUUUUGAGGUGGAAAAAUACAUUGGUGAAGAGAUGAAGUAUGAGAAAGAAGCCACAAAGCAGAAAAGAAAGGAUAGUAGUGAAGAUGCAGAUUUUGGAAAAGAAAAUGAGAAGCAGAAGAGAAUUAAAUUUGAGACAGGUUUGGUAAAUAAAAAGAAAGCAAGACCUUAUAAAGACAAAAGACUUAAAGAAAACCCCACUGAGAGCAAAAAGCGCAACCAGGAUAAAAAAAAGGCCCAGAUAGUUGUCAAAAGAGAGGAGAUAGCUUGGGAUGAAUCUGUGUUGGGAUAUUGGUAG